AAUCAGCAGCGCAGGUGAAGUUGGAACCAGCCACCCAUUCCCCUCCCAUCCUCACCAAAGCCAUCGCAACACCAUCCUCGUCUCUGUUCACUUGACCACCUGAAAAGAGAAGCUAGAAAUAGAGAGGAGAAAUGAUGCAAUCUCGCUUUACCUCUGUUGUUCGUGCCAUAUCAUCCGCCGCAAAGGCAAGGCCCUUCUCAUCCACCAUCGAUUCACCUACCCCCACCAAACCCGAUUUUCCUCCCACCCUUGCUGGCCUCCGGGCCCGCCUUGCCGCCGAAUCUCCCACCCUCUCCGAUUUUGUGGGUCUCCAAACCAAUAACCUCUAUUCGGUCGAAGUCGGCACCAAGAAAAAACCGCUCCCUAAGCCCAAAUGGAUGAGAGAAUCCAUUCCCGGCGGCGAAAAAUACGUUCAGAUUAAAGCCAAAUUAAGGGAAUUAAAACUCCACACUGUCUGCGAAGAAGCUCGAUGCCCCAAUCUUGGCGAGUGCUGGUCCGGUGGCGAGACUGGGACCGCAACUGCCACCAUAAUGAUCCUGGGUGAUACUUGUACUCGCGGUUGCAGGUUUUGCAACGUGAAGACGUCGCGAACGCCGCCUCCACCAGAUCCCGAUGAACCGAGGAAUGUUGCGGAGGCAAUUGCAUCGUGGGGUUUGGAUUACGUGGUGAUUACGAGCGUGGACCGGGAUGAUUUGGCUGAUCAAGGAAGUGGGCAUUUUGCGGAAACCGUUGAGAAGUUGAAAACUUUGAAGCCAAAUAUGCUUAUAGAAGCCUUGGUUCCUGAUUUCCGGGGAGAUGCUGGCUGUGUAGAGAAAGUUGCAAAAUCUGGAUUGGAUGUCUUUGCUCAUAAUAUUGAGACUGUUGAAGAACUUCAAAGGGUUGUACGUGAUCACCGUGCUAAUUUUAAGCAAUCUUUGGAUGUUCUAAUGAUGGCCAAAGAGUAUGCUCCUGCUGGAACACUUACCAAGACUUCGAUUAUGUUAGGAUGUGGAGAAACGCCUGAUCAAGUUGUGAAAACAAUGGAGAAGGUCAGAGCAGCAGGUGUUGAUGUAAUGACAUUCGGUCAGUACAUGAGACCAUCAAAGCGUCACAUGCCCGUAUCAGAAUAUAUUACACCUGAAGCUUUUGAAAAAUAUCGAGCCCUUGGCAUGGAAAUGGGAUUUCGAUAUGUGGCAUCUGGUCCCAUGGUCAGAUCAUCCUACAAGGCAGGAGAAUUCUACAUCAAAUCUAUGAUAGAAUCUGAUCGUUCUGCUGCUUCUUCAUAGUUCCUUUUCUCUUCAUUCCCUAUGUUAUUCUUUUUCUUUGGCUAUCAUUAACUUGCUUCUGAUACUACACAGCUUGGCUAAUAAAUUGGUUUGGAGGCUGACAGCCAAUGAUUCGGUACUCCAAUUGUUGCAGUAUAUUGGCACCAAUUUCUAAUUGAGAUUUGUGUCGUAUUUGUUGAUGUUGUAAUUAUACGUAAGCUACACUUUUGGUGCUUUAUGAAAUAUUAUGAUCAAGGUUUAGGUUUUAAUUGUAUAA